GGCUACAGGCCCGAUAUGCAGCAUGAGAGUCGAUUCCAGUUUCCCAUGAUGCAGCGCGAAAGAGACCCGGGGACAUUCAAAAGUAUGGCCGAGGAGUCACAUACAAAACCAGCAGCUGACUCAGAAGUUACCGAGGAUAUUUCCAACAUCGGUGAUGAAGAUUAUGGAGGCGAAAGGCGCCCGUCCUUUUCUCCGGAGGAAGAUCUCAGCGUACGUAACGGCCACGACGUGACGUGCGAGGUCCUGACGUUAGACCGCACCGGUUUCCAAGGAGCUUCCCAGACUUGUUCACACCGAGCGGCUGCGGAAGUCCACGGACAGCUCCCAAGUCAGGUUGGAAAGACAGAAACCAGCUGUGAGUCAAAAGACGUGCCGUCAGAGCGUCGAGUAAAAGCAAAUAAAUGUGAUACAAGCGGCGUGGAAAACAAGGAAAACACGACAACAAGCAGCCAUGCUUGUAUGCAACAAGAAGCAGACACGUCGCGACAGAGGAGUUUGGAAACCCCACCUUUGACGACCACUGAGGUUGAUAACACCGAGGACAGGGAUGCCGAGGUGGUGAGGCGAGCGCAGGAGGAAGGCCGUGUGGAUGUGGUCUUCCCCGGCAGCGUCACCCAGGACGCCUGCUGCCGUUUCGUCACAGAGAUCCUCAAGUGCAUCCUCUACCAGAGACAGCAGCUGCCCAUGACCUACGACCAGCUGCUGUACUCCCAGAGGAAACAGCAGGCUUCAGUGCAGAAUAAGGAGGUGGUGAGCUGGAGGCCCUCAGCAGACAUCGACUUGCGCAAGUGUCAGCGGACCCUCCAGGAGCUUGAGGAGGUGUUGCAGCAGCUGGAGGUGCUGUUCUCCCUCAGCCGGGUGCCGCGUGUGCUGCUCCUUCUGGGAGGCUCGCUCAUCCUCCCCAAAGAAAUGUAUGAGAUCAACAUGGAGGCCCUGUCUCUGACUGCCGGAGAUCAGAGUCUGCGCGUGUCAACAUGCUUAAGGCAACUCUUUCGCACACUUUUUGUGGCUGACCUUUUGUCUGAUGCCAGAUCUGUUCAUCUGAUGGCCACCACGGUCUUAGUUUUGGCUCACAGGGAUUGCGGCGUAGCUUGGUUUCGGCCCAAACUGAACUUUAAAGUGCCAACCAGGGUGCAGAACCAAAUUAUUGCACUGUCAACUGAUCCUGGCAUCUGUGUGACACCCUGCGCAGAGGAGUCAGACUGGCAGGAUUAUGUUUGGUUUCAGGCCCCCAUGACGAUUAAAGGCUUUAGCAAGUGACAACAGAAGGGAAGAAGUUUACUCUCUGCAAUCUGCAAUCAGUUUUUAAUGUUAGUUCAGUUGAAUACUGAACUUCUGAGCUGUACAUAUUUUAAUUGUUUAAUUUUUCAAAUUUUAAAAUCAGGAUUAAAAGUGCUGCAAUUAGACAAUUUACUGACA